AUGCCCUUGUUCUCUAGAAAUCGCCGGGCCUCUGAUGCCCCACCCCACCUAUCCGACGUCCACACUAGCCCCAGUAAACGUCUAUCGGUAGAUUCACCCACUGCUCCCUCAAAUGGCGACCCUCCCACCACUCCAUCGAGACUGAAAGCUCUUUUACAAAAGGGACGGAGUACUGUCAAUCUCGGCAACACCGAUGAGCCGGUGCCGAAACGAAAGCCUUCUGGGCCCAAUUUCUUCAGACGGCGUAGCUCUAAUGCAUCGUCCGACCCAUCCAGGCGUGGGUCUGCUCAAUCAACCGAGCCUGUAACGCCCCCACGGACACCUCGUACCGGAUCACCGGGCGCUGCCAUGGCUCGCUAUGCUGAUCCCGCUCCCCGUCACUCGUCCCAAUUCACCUCCCCCACUCUCUUUCCCGAAAACUUUACCCUUUCCAGCACCAUCUCCCCUGAAGCCCAUCCUGUCGACUCUAUUGAUUCUUCCCCUGGGCUAGGCGCCUCGUCGCCGCCCAACAGGAGCGCCAGACAGAGCUGGCAACCAUCGUAUCCUCUCGUCGUUCCUGAUGACAGCUAUGCGGAUGUCCCACCUGAUGGGCAUGGAACGCCUGUGGCCGAUCCCAGUGUGAUCGCAGACGCUGCCGGGAAUGAGAAUGCGAAGAGAAGGUCGGUGGAUGCGCAAAAGUUGGAGGGGUGGAGACCUCUGGAACCGGAAAAGAAAGAGCCUGCCCCUCAGGCGGAAAGCGUGCCGUCUACUGGGCAGAACGAGGUUCCGGCAUACGCACCAUCCAGCGAGCUCGUCACUCCACCAUCGUCAGAGCCUCUGCUGUCGGGGUCUACCCCGGCACCUUUGACGAGCCUGGCGUCCAUCGGUGAGCCGCAAGGGUCUCGUCCUUCAACAGCGAGCACACAGAAAACAGCCACCAGCAUGGCGACAACAAUCCAUGCAGACGGACAAUAUCAAUUUGUGCCUUCUACGACUUCAUCACCUCGGAUAAGCACACAAAACAUCUAUUCUUCGCCCGCUGCGACGCCCUCUGCUCCAUCAUCACCCUCUUCAGCUUUCAGAGCGAGACCCGGUCCGCCGCCUCGCAAAAUCACCAUCCAUUCUCCCCCUAUGCCCCAGCCCAUCAAGAAUCUGCCUACCCUCACCAACCUCUCUUCGGUUGCAAACGGGUCAGCCGCCCCAGAGGCGACCGUGCCGACCCCUGUGCAAACGCCUGGGUGGGGUGAACUGGCAAAGGAGGGAGGUCCCAAGACCCCUGGAAGUGGAUUGAGGUCACCAGGGUGGACUGGUGCGUGGAAUAUGCCAAAGACUCCGGGGCUGGGUGCGUUCAGUUUGAACCUCCCGCCUCCUGGCAAGGGUAAAAGGUCAGAGAGGCAGGAAUUGUCCGAGCAAGAGCUCAGAAAGGCCAGGAGAGCGAUGCCUGUUAUGUUGAGACAGCCAUCAAGCGCUCCUUCGGCUGAGGAUGAUGAAGGUGGUGAGGCGGGAGACGACGAUGAAGAGGAAGAUGACGGCUCGGACGAGGAAGCGGACGUGGAUGAAGGUGAUUCGGACAACGACAGUGAUGACGAGACGGAUCGACCUUCCGGCUCGGCCAUGGCCCUCGGACGGUUUGUUGGGAAGGGCAAGGGCAAGGAGAAAGGAAAAGCCAGUAGGAAAAUGUCGCAUACCCAGGUCGGGGAUGUUGCCAAAAGUGUAACGAGGGAGGAAGACGAUCGCGGUGCAGCCAAUGUUCCUCUGGCCGAUCGUCGACAAGUCAAUUUCCCUCGCCUCACAUCCAUUCCAACAUCUCCCUCUAUCGUGCCCAAGCCAAAUGGCAAAUCAGUAUGGUCUUUAGCGACGCCUGCAAAAGAAAAGGAUCAGUCCACAGCAUGGGCUUCGUUCGGCGGAGAAACACCCAAAGGAGCGCCUGCCACCCCCGGAUGGGGCUGGAAACCGAGUAGCGCUCAAUCGCCUGCCAUCGCAAAGCAAACUCCUACCCCUGUCCUCUCUGAGCCUCGCCCGUCUGCACCCGAGCCGACUCCAGCGCCUGCCCCGACAGAGCCCCAUACUCCCGAAGGGCGCUCGUUAGCCGAACUCGAGGAGGGCUCUCCAAUCACACGUACCGGUAGCGCGCAGCCUACAGCGACAGCGACAGCUGCUGCUCGUGCUGCUCUCACACGCAACGUCUCUUCGUAUGCCAACAGCAUCUCUACAUCCGUCACUUCGAGUGGCUAUUUCGAUUCGCAACCUUCAUCGAGUGGCCCUAGUCAAAUGUCAUCGCCAAGUGCCGCAGAGCGGCAGCAGGAUCCAUUACCCAUUCUUGGCAAGGGAAAGGGCAAGGCAUUACUUCCAAGCGAUUCAGGUCUUGCAUCGGGGCUGCCGUUAGGUCUCGGAGUCCCUGUUGGCACUACCGCGACCGUUGAUGACCCUCCUGUGGUCAACCGGGAACCAUCUGCUGAUGAUGAAGACGAUGAAGUCAGAAGUGUCAUCGAGGAAGAGAGCGACGAGGAAGAUGGAAGAGGUACAACAAGUGAAGGAACGAAUGAGGUCGACACACCUUCUGUCGAGGCGGAGGAGGUACCCUCAACAGGUCUGGCGGCUCGACCAUCCAUCCCAUCAAGACCCUCUCUCUACACCCAGGGAUCCAUCUCCAUGAUUGAUCUCCCUUCAAGGCCAAAGGACACUGCGACUACAAGUGCACCACAGGUGUCUGUAAAGCCCAGCCUUCGCACUGUACAGUCGGGUGAAGCUGUUCCCCUGCAUAUCGACCUGCCUCCUCCCAAUGCUGGACCGAGUGGGUUGAUGAGCCCAGCCGAAUGGGCGAAACCCCCUCCCACACCCGCCCUUGGACUUGACGGCUUCAAUCUCGGGGUCAAGCCCGGCAAACCCCUCGCUGCCAAGCGACGUAGGUCUGCGGAUGACCUUUCAGCACCUCCGCCAAAGUACGAGCCGCCCUUCCCUGGGACUUUUAUCCCCAAACCGAGGGAGGAAGAAGGUCAGGAACGUUUGCCCAAAUACUGGUGCUCGGUGCAUAUUGAGGGUAUGCUGCAACGCAAGAUGGAGUUUGUGGGUGAGCGCGACCUAGGCACUGAAGGAACAGACGGCAAGCGUAAAGUGGAAAAGAUUCAAGCUCGAGACCGAAGCUGGAAGAAGCUCUACUUUAUUCUCCAUGGUACAGCGCUUCUCGUCUACAAAUUUGAUCCUCAUCGCUUCCCACUCAGAGCGAAUGACCAGUCGCCGGUACCCACCAUCGACGACGAAGAAAUGGACGAGCACUUGCAUGUGCAUCCUACGCCCGAGAGAAGGAGGCGAGCGUCGAGCGUUGGUGGUUCUUCGGUGGGAGGCCGGCGGUCGUCGAAUGCGACCAUUGGCGGAGAUGGUGGACGACGAGGAUCUGCCGAUAGCACCAAUGGGUCCAUCAUCCCCAGACGUGGCUCGGGCGAAUCCAAUUCGGCUUCUUCCAUUGGACUUCCUAUACCAGGUCGACGUGGGUCUGAAUCCAAUAACCUGGGAUCAGGGAGCUAUCGUCGAAGCUCGCUCAGUAUCGUCACGAAUGCCAACGGUUCGAGCAGCAAUGUGAGCGAGGAAAAGGAUGCCAACAUGUUUACUGGCGGCACUCGACGAGGUUCAAUGUCGCAAGGCAAUGCGCCGAACCUGUCUAGCAGCCAGUCUUCUAUCGGCACUGGCAAUCCGCUGUCUAGCCAUUUCCAGCACAAUGUCCUUGUCAAGCAGUACUCGCUCAACAAGACGGAAAGUGGUUUGGCGGCCGACUAUCACAAGAGGAAGAAUGUGGUCAGAGUGAGGGCGGACGGAGAACAAUUCUUGCUGCAGACAGAAAGCGCGAGGGACAUGGUUGAUUGGGUCGAGGCAUUCCAAGCGGCCACAAACGUAGCCAAGGACUUGGAUCAGCGUCCAAUGCCAAAGAUUAUUACCCUGCCCCGUCGUCGAAGAAGACGCAACCAGCAAGCCCAAGCUGCUGCUGCUGCCGCUGCGGCUGCCGUCCAGGCCAACGGUGUGCAGGGUGAGGGUCAGGCUGUAGACGCAGCGUUGAGAGUGAGCCGACAGGUGGCAGCGGCGGACCAGGCGGAUAGAGAGCGAGAGAGAAUGUUGAUUGAAGACCAGGAAGCUGCGGUGUCUUGA